AUGUCAUUCUCGCUCAAAUCAUCCCUCGUUCUUUUCUUCGCAGCUACCCAAUUUGUAGCUGCUCUCGAUCCAAAAUGUGCACCGGGAGGUAACCUCGACCUCGCAAAAUGGAAACUUCAACUCCCCACUGGUGAACCUGGUUCUCCAAACUCAAUCGAAGGCUCCAAACUCAACGGCUGCACCGGAUUUCAAGAAGCUGGGACCUUCUUUUCUGACCCCAAAGAUGGAGCACUUGUCAUGAAAGUCGCCGGAUCACCCAAAUCCGCUUAUUGCGUCACCACGAAGAAUAGUCUACAUUGUCGAACCGAACUGCGAGAGAGCAAUCCUUUGUCAUGGGACCCAAAGGCUGCCACCAACAGACUCAAGGCUACUUUGGUGGUUGUCAAGGCGGACGACUCCGCCCGUGGUACUGUUGUGGGCCAAAUUCAUAUCGACGAUAAGAUUUCUUCUAAGCCUGUUUGUGAACUUUACUACAACAGUAAAGGGGUUAUCACCAUGGGUGUAGAAAAGACUCGGGCAGGUGGUUCUUCUAUUUAUACCGAGAUUGCUACAGUACCCGUCGGAACCGGCUUUUCUUAUGAGAUUUCCUAUGAGAAGAAUGUUUUGGGGGUUAGUGUUAAUGGUGGCGUUGUCAAAACAUUGAGCACGAACGAAUUAAAUGCACCAUUGAGCUAUUUCAAGGCCGGAAACUACAAUCAAGGAGAUAGUCCCAGCGAGGUCCAUUUGUUUGAUUUGGAUGUCACUCAUACCAAGUAG